AUGUCGACCACAACUAUCACUGCUACUCAGCAGAUGGACCGCAGCAGAUUCAACUUUCAGCAUCGAUGGUUCGACAGGACGAUCGAGCACUGGGAACAGCGCACCAGCUCUCUCCGUGGGAAAAAGCUGAGAGUUUUGGAAGUUGGGUCCUUCGAGGGCGGUUCCGCUACGUGGAUUCUCGACAACCUCAUGGAUCAUCCGGAGUCGACAUUUACCGCCGUCGAUACCUUCGGUGGAAGCAUGGAGUUCCAGAAUGACACAUACAAAGAGUUCGAUGCUUACGACAUCCCCUCUUUGGAGAAGCGCUUCCGAUCCAACGUCGGGAAAUGCCGUCAUGUCGACAAGCUUACCGUCAUCAAGCGGUCCAGCCUAGACGCCCUCCCAACACUCAAGCACCAAGGUGCUCGUUUUGACUUCAUCUACAUCGACGGAUCUCACGUCGCUCUUGAUGUCUUGCACGACGCCGUCCUCGCCUGGGGCAUGCUCGAGGUUGGAGGCACCAUUGUGUACAACGAGGAAAGCUACAACCCGCCUGCUGCAGUCGAUUCUCUCAUUCGAUGCGCAGCCUUCGAAGCGCAGGCCACUCAAGCAGGGUCGCAGAUGUGGGUCAACAAGGUGCCCCAGCUAUUCCCGCCCACGCUUAACCCCGAGAGGGAGUUGAUUGUCGAGGACGACUGA